GCUAACACAAGACGUGGCAGCUGCCGGGUGCCGGAGUACAUCCACUGACAGAGCGACACAUCCCCGGUACCCGCUUCAUAACGCUGCUCGCUGACACAGCUACCCCAUACACGCCUGGCGACAAGCACGUGGAGUGUGAACAGUCCGCGAUCGAGUGACCAGCAGCAACAAUGGAGAUGGAGGACUUACAGAUGAAGACCCCCGAGAAGAAGUCUUCCUAUGUCCAGUUUAAAGAAAAUUUCGAAGACCCAAUCUACAAGAACAAGUUCAUAUGUACACUGUUCCUGUUCUGGGCGUACAUUGUCCUGGGUUUUUCUGCUGGCCAAACGGGCCCUUCCUUCCUGGACCUCAUGCUGAUCACUAAUACCAAGCUGGAGCAAGCCUCCGCCCUGUUCACAUCAGGAGCUGUGGGCUACACCACUGGUGCCUUCGUCACCGGAAUUCUGUACGACAAGUGUAACAAGCUGCUGUUGCUGGCAGCCUGCCUAGUCAGCAGCGCCAUCGGCACCGCCGUCAUCCCGCUCUGUACGCCGCUGCCGGCGAUGAUCGCUAUGUACUUCAUCAGAUCCUUCGUGUCAGCGGGGGUGGAGACAGGAGGUAAUGCCGACUUGAUCCGACUCUGGGGCAAGGAUAGUCGAGUUUUUAUGCAGAUUCUUCACUUCUCUUUCGCCUUAGGGGGUCUCAUAGCCCCUCUGGUGACAGAACCCUUCCAAGCUCCAAAGUCAGCCCACGCCACAACAGAACCUGUCAAUGAGACCCAUCUCUUUCAGUAUGGGGACAAUACAACUACUGCGUACGUCCAGGAACUUUCAGGAUUAAAUGGCACCAGUAAUAACAUGACGAUUGCAGACACUGAAGACGCUCCGAAAUCUCAAAUCCUUUUUGCUUUCUUAAUCACGGCUGUUCUGUUUCUCUCAGCUUCUGUUCCCUUUUUUGUGGAGUUUUUUUCUCGUAAAGUUGACAAGAACCGGAAGCCAGUAGAGGAGAAACAAGAUGGCCGUCAAGGAAUACCACUUCCGGUCUAUAUAAUAACAGUGGCUAUGAUUGGGGCAUUCUAUUUCUGUUAUUGCGCGAUAGAGGAGACGUUUAUGUCGUUCCUGGCGGUGUUUACUGUGGAAGGGUUGGACUGGGACAAGUCCGAUGGUGCUUUGGUUACGUCAGUGUUUUGGGGGAGCUUUGCUGCAUUUCGGUUCCUUGGGAUCUUUAUCAUAAAGAUAUUUUCUCCAUCCUCAAUGAUAAUUCUGUGUAUGUUAAUUCUGUCAGCGAGCUUGGGUGCAUUCCUGGUCUGUUCUGUCUUUGCGUUACAUAUUGGAAUUUGGAUUUCGUCAGUUGGGGUUGGCCUUGCAACAUCUGUCAUAUUUCCAACGACCUUCACCUGGGUCGAAGAGCAUGUCAUCAGGGUCACGGGAAAGAUCACGUCUGUGAUUACGAUAUGCGCUGCAUCGGCGGGAAUGUCGACACCACUGUUGCUAGGAUACCUGAUGGAGGAAGUGACGUAUUUGUGGUUCUCGUAUUUGCUGUUUUUAAUGUCGAUUAUCCUGAUAAUUAUACAUAUCGUGCUGCGGCUGCAGUCAGUAUUUGUGUUGAAGAAAUAUCACAGCGCAGCUAGGGUUGAAUCACCCAGUGAUCUGGCUAUACCUCAAGAAAAGGGAAAAAUGUUUCAUCCAAAUGCUUGAUACUUGCACGUACAAUGUGUCAAUGAAUAUUUACAAACGUUGCAACUUUGAUAUGUAACGGCGUGACGUAAGAGAUAAAUAUUGUAAAGUGUAUGCCAUCUGUUUUGGACGAAUGAAAAAUGUGUCUAAAGAAAUGAAAACAUGU